UUGACGCCAGGAGGGUGAGAGACGAGGGAAAGAGAGGCAGGAAAAAAGGAAAAAAAACUCCUUCAUGUCGGUGUCUGUAAAACAGAGCAAAGGUCGACAGACGCUACAGCAUUUCAUGAGAGCAGGGAUGGUGGCUUUUCCGCAGGGAGGUGUUGAGAAGUGAUUGAAAAAGUUUCCUUGCAGUUUUUUUUCUUCUUUUUGUGCGAAUGAGGUGGACUUUGAAGUGUCAGUCUCUGACUACAACCAAUAUCUGGCAUGGAUUAGUUUAUAAAAUCUCCUAACUGCCUCAUCGUGUGUUUGCAACCUUGAUUCCUCAAUUGCCCUUUACGCUAAUUCUCGCAGUAGUUGUGACCCAGUUCCUCCCCCGGCUUCACUGCAGGCCUUCCUGAGCCCCGAGUACCAGCAGCUGCGUCCUGCUUUCCACUUCCUGUCCUUGGUCCUGCAAGGCUAAGCCUGUCCAUUUCCCCCCCUCCCCCCUGACAUACACAAACACACACAUAAUCAUCUUCCUGGCACACCGCUGGCCGAGGACGCUCCAGAUCCGGCUUCCUGGUGCAGCCCAGCACUAUGACCUCCAUGUCUAGUCUGUUCUCCUUCACCAGCCCGGCAGUGAAGCGGUUGCUGGGCUGGAAGCAGGGCGAUGAGGAGGAAAAAUGGGCGGAAAAAGCUGUGGAUGCCCUGGUGAAGAAACUGAAGAAGAAAAAAGGUGCCAUGGAAGACUUGGAAAAGGCCCUCAGUAGUCCUGGGCAGCCCAGCAAAUGUGUGACCAUCCCCCGGUCGCUGGACGGGCGGCUGCAGGUGUCCCACAGGAAGGGCCUCCCACACGUCAUCUACUGCCGCGUGUGGCGCUGGCCUGACCUACAGUCCCAUCAUGAGCUUAAACCGCUCGAGGUGUGCGAGUAUCCAUUUGGCUCCAAACAGAAAGAAGUGUGCAUCAACCCAUAUCACUACAAACGAGUUGAAAGUCCAGUACUUCCUCCGGUUCUGGUGCCGCGACACAGCGAGUUCAACCCUCAACACAGUCUGUUGGUGCAGUUUCGCAACCUGAGUCACAACGAGCCUCAUAUGCCUCUCAACGCCACCUUCCCAGAGUCCUUCCAGCAGCACAGCGGAGGAAGCUCCUUCCCCAUCUCUCCAAACUCACCCUACCCUCCGUCUCCCGCCAGCAGUGGCACGUACCCCAACUCUCCUGCAAGCUCUGGGCCAUCCAGCCCCUUCCAGCUACCAGCUGAUACUCCUCCUCCUGCCUACAUGCCUCCAGAUGAACAGAUGGGGCAAGACGGCUCUCAGUCCAUGGAGACUGGUAGCAGCCUGGCUCCUCAGAACAUGCCCAGAGGGGAUGUGCAGCCAGUGGAGUAUCAGGAGCCCAGUCACUGGUGCUCUAUUGUGUACUAUGAGCUGAAUAAUCGUGUGGGAGAGGCUUACCAUGCUUCCUCCACCAGCGUACUGGUUGAUGGAUUCACCGACCCAUCCAACAACAAGAACCGGUUCUGCCUGGGCCUUCUCUCUAAUGUCAAUCGCAACUCCACUAUUGAAAACACCCGUCGCCACAUCGGCAAAGGUGUUCACCUGUACUAUGUUGGAGGAGAGGUGUAUGCAGAGUGUUUGAGUGAUACCAGCAUUUUCGUCCAGAGUCGAAACUGCAACUACCAUCAUGGCUUCCAUCCCACGACUGUCUGCAAAAUCCCCAGCGGCUGCAGCCUCAAAAUCUUCAACAACCAAGAAUUUGCUCAGCUUCUCGCUCAGUCUGUGAACCACGGCUUUGAGGCCGUCUAUGAGCUCACCAAGAUGUGCACCAUCCGCAUGAGCUUUGUAAAGGGCUGGGGUGCAGAGUACCACAGACAAGACGUGACGAGCACCCCCUGCUGGAUAGAAGUGCAUCUCCACGGCCCCCUGCAAUGGCUGGAUAAAGUUCUAACACAAAUGGGUUCCCCUCUGAACCCCAUCUCUUCUGUCUCGUAAUGAUGGGCUGACCUGGGAGGAGCUGUUGUUUUUUUUUUUUCUUUUUCUUUUUUUCUUUCUUCACUUUGAAAGAAUAGGAGGUCUUAAGGGCUGAACUGUUUACACAACCUGCAGAACGUCACCAAACCCUGCAGCAGUCAGAACGAGAAGAUGAACUGGGGCUACAAGCACAUCUAGCAUAGGAAAAUUCUAGGCAGUGACACAAAAUGGACUAACUACUGCUUUAGCAAUUGACUUCAUGUUUUGUUGUUUGUUUGUUUUUUUGCAUACAGUUGUUUUAAAAUGAUGCUUGUAUGACUGAUUUUCUCUAACUGUAGGUAAUCUAGUAGAUGACAUUGACAUGCUUUCAUGGAUCUCUACUUCACAUUACACCAGUUGAAAAAUGCAAUUGCAGUUUCCUAGUUCUAUGAGAAUCUUUUUAAUUGCUAUGUUGUCUAAUCCUGUUAUUCGCAAGGCAUAUUUUCCUUUUAUGUUUACUGUUAGACUCAAAGCUCAUUACAAAUGUUCCCUUUUUAUAGCAUCUGUUGCCUUUAGGCAAAUCAAAGUUACUGCUUUUAAAUAAAGUUCUUUUAUCUGAUGAA